AAAAAAAAGAAAAAAAAGAAAAAAAGAAAGAAAAAAAGAAAGAAAGAAAGGUUAUUGUAUUGUAUUGUAUGGUCUAGCACUUGACGGGUACUGGCCAAAAUCUUCUAGUCUUUGGCGCGCAUUUACUUCCUUGAGACAUGGUCAAACUGGUCCUGGAACACUUUUACUCCACAUAAUUUGUGUAUAAACGGCAAAACAAAUUCAUUACGAAAGUCCAGAUUUGACUAUAAGCCGUUUCGAUAUAUUGCUAAUGUGCAUGACAACAGUCUAGUAAUGUUAUUCCGUCACGGGUCCUUUAGAGGGUAACGCGAAUGACCGUCACGCGUCUGACCGUCACGACUCCCGUCACGGAUUGGUGAUGUACAGAAGUUCCAGGCGUUCGCUGUUUGGAAGUUUAUGUUUUCAUCUUCCUUCACUAGCUGAAAUGGUGUGGUCUUUAUUCGUGAAUAAGACAUGAAUUCUGCAAAUUUAAACGAACACCUUGUGAAUUCCCCGCUCGCACGUAGCCGUUUAGACGAGGAAAGAGAGUCUUCGACACUAGUUAAUGAUGGAAGUGGUGGUGUGUUGGUGGACUCAACUUCACUUCGCGUGGAAACCGUAAGCGAAAUUCCGCAAGGACGAGAAGGUUUCAACAAGCGGCGUUUGAUUAACAAGUCUGGUGAGUUAAAAGUGCUGCCGAAGAAUGUUCCUCGUAAAAUGAGACGGUAUCUUUCCGACAUAUUCACGACCAUGAUAGAUCUACGCUGGAAAUGGGUGAUUUUCAUUUUCGUUGCCUCCUAUAUCAUAUCAUGGGUGCUGUUUGGUUUCACGUGGUGGCUUGUGGCGUAUUUGAGAGGCUCUAUAGUUUGUGUUCAUAAGGUAAACAACUGGACGUCUGCAUUUCUCUUUUCCGUGGAAACUCAAGAAACCAUUGGCUACGGGCAGAAAGCAAUAACGACGAAUUGCCCCGAGGCCGUUAUACUUCUGCAGCUUCAGUCGCUGGUGGGCUUACUCAUCGAUGCUUUCAUGCUAGGUCUAACAUUUGCCAAGCUUUCAAGGCCUCGAGAUCGCAUGCGGACUGUGAUGUUCUCAGAUUAUGCAGUCAUAGCACCGAGAGAUGGCAAAAUGUGCCUGAUGUUUAGAGUCGGCGACGUAAGAAAGAGUCAGAUUGUCGAUGCAUCUGUGCAAAUGCAGCUCUUUAAAACAACAACUACUAAAGAAGGUAAAGAAAUCCCCUUUCACCAGGAAGAUCUCAAAGUCUGCUACGACUGGCGUAACCCUGACAACGACUUUAGGAAUCAACUUUUCUUGCUGUUGCCCAUGGUGAUUAUCCACGUGAUCGACGAGAACAGUCCCUUUUAUGACGUCACUCCCCAGACACUGCAAGAGUCGGACUUUGAAAUUGUAGUGGUGAUUGACGGCGUGGUAGAAGCGACGGGAUUAAACACACAACCCAAAUCUUCCUACUUAAACAGUGAAAUUUUGUGGGGGUAUGAUUUCUGUAACACUCUGGAGAAAUCUCAUUUUGGUGAGAACGGCUUUUACAACGUUGAUUUCUCCAGGUUGAAUGACUUGCAUACUGUGGACACACCAAGGUGUUCACCAAAAGAGUAUUACAGACGCCAACGGAAGGCGGAAACGUAGAACGUUAAACGGUCUUUUUGAUUUAAAAUUAAUUUAGUCUCCACGCUCUUGGUCCCAGGUCCCCUGAGUUGGCGUUAAGUUUUGAAGUACAUUGUAAUAUAUCAGGAGCUAUAAUCGGGGACGGAGACCGUAAGCGCGCGCCAUUUCUAGUAUUGGGGUUGUCCCCA